CGAAAGCGGUAGUAGCUCACCCGUCAGUGCGUGUGUGUCAAACGCGGAUUCUCCAGAAGUUUUCAGCCUGACCCAGAUCACCGCGCCCGGAGUAUCAAAUCUGCGCUUCGACCGAUAAAGUUACCGUUCUUCUGGGUAAUGGAACUAGACAAAAUGGACGAAAACGACUGGAAAUAUCACGGGGAAGGCAACAAGAGUUUGGUCGUGUCCCAUUUGCAGCACUGCAGAGUUCUCCGCUUGUUGAAGUUUCCCUCGGAAGAUUCUGUGCAUGCACGACAGACGGCUGAACAAGCCUUUCGACAUAUCCUCAACAUCGUAGACUACAGUAAAUACGUCAUGAAGCCUUUACUUGGAGACAAAUACGUUCACAGUGGAGAGGUUGUCAAACUACCGCUGGACUUUGUGAGGCAGUUGUCAUUGAAGGUCCAGCAAGAACGUCCUGAACUGCGUUGUGACAAGGUGAUGGAUACGUUCAGUGGGUGUGGUUUAUGCCUUCCCAACCUCACCCAUCUUCCCCUUCAUCACCUCAGAGACCACAGACCUCCUAUAUGCGUUGAGAUUAAGCCCAAAUGUGGAUUUCUACCCUUUUCAAGACACAUAACCAAGGAAUGCAAGCGCAAAGUUUGCAGAUUCUGCAUGCAUCAACAUUUCAAGUUAGCUAAUGGGAAGUGGAAGCGACUGAGCAGAUAUUGUCCACUGGAUCUCUUCUCGGGGAGUAAGCAGCGAAUGUACAUUGCAUUGAAGCAUUUGUUAGAGGAGCCACAAAACAACUUGAAAAUCUUUAAGGGUGGAGAGUUAAUCUAUAGCUGUAAAGAUGAUGCCAAGCAGCAGCCAGACUUGAACGAUCUCAUUCAGCACCUUCGGCCUUAUUUCCCUCACACUAACAGCCUCUAUAAUGGACCACAGCCUGGUAAAACGGUCCUCAAUGAGUUCAUUCAGGUCAUCUGCACAGCCCUAAUGAGCGGCGGGGACUCGAAUCGCUCGGGAGAGCCAAGAAAGGUGCACCUGUCCGAGAGCAGACCGUACUGCGAGGCCAGUCCCUUCCCCAGAGAUCUGCGCCGCAACGGUAACCAUAGUCUCCCUAAAGACAGUGUUCUUGCAAAAAUCCUCCAAGUUCAGAUGCUGGAUAACUUGGAUAUCGAAGGAAUCUAUCCUCUGUACAAACGCGUCGAACAACAUUUGGAAGAGUUCCCGAAAGAGAGAAACAGAUUGCAGGUUGACGGACCUUACAAUGAGAGUUUUAUGGACAAAGUGAAGACCUGCCCGGCUGAGGACGACGGCUCUGUUGAAUAUGCAGUGGGAAAGGUUCAUCAAUAUAGAGCCGCAAUGACUGCCAAAGAUUGCUCGAUCAUGAUCACGUUUGCACCUUGUGCAGAGGACGAGGAAGAAAACCAACCGAAUUUGGACAUCCAACCUGCAAAGUCUCGUUUCACGUACUCCGUCUCCAUCCUUGAUUUGGACCCCAAGCCGUACGAAGGAAUCCCUCACCAGUACAAGCUGGACGCCAAAAUCGUCAACUACUACUUGCGAGACACGCAAACCCCGCCUCCCUCCAGCCUGUAUAAGGAACGGCAGGAGUGCACGCUGCUAUUCCACGCUGUAUGAGGAUAUUGAAUUUAGAAAAUCCAGAUUUCUUUGUUAACAGAAUACGCCAUUGAAGUGGGUGGCGACGUUUGCAACUGAGUGAUGUGUUUUUUUCUGGUUAUGUUCUCAUUGGGGCUGGUCUCCUAAAGCACGAACGAAUCAUUCAUCGGCUGUCAUAGAGAAAACAAGGACUGUGUGUGUGUUUGUGUGGUGCUGUUGGUUGUUUUGAAGCACAUGGGGGCAUUACUGUGGUAUGCAAGUGCCAAACAGCGUUUUUCCGAGUAGUGGUCGUGACGCUGUACCGAGGACUUUAACAUUUAAUUUUUAAGUGAGACUAGUGCUCUGUUACAUGCCUGGAGCUUUGAGCGAUUUAUAAUAUCGUAAUUUAUACUGACAAGCACAGACAUGUCCCAUGCUAGUGAAUGUGGUUACGCUAACACUUUCACUAGUUGCGAAACAACUAGAUUUUGUAAAUUAGAUGAAACGUCGUAACGGUAUUACUCACUAAUUGAAUAUUUUGCAGGUGUAUUUUUCGCAACAUACAAAUCGAAGCACCGCCUAAACAAAAUAGUUUACUCAUCAUAACUGUGUCCAAACCUGUAUGUCUUGCAAAAACACUUCAUUCGUUGUUGUUUUUUAAACCUGGAUGCAUGGCAGAUGCAAAUUGGUCAUUUAAUAAUUUCAUAUAUGAAGUGUUACAUUCAGUAUUUGUUUAUUUACUAAGUCCGCAUGCAUGUUUGGACAGAAGUAAGCAAAUGCUUUAAAAGCCAAUCCAUGAUCUCACACAUCGACACCACUCCCCUCCCGAAAUUGCUGUAGACUGUGAAGCGUCUGUCUGUCUGUGAUGGUUCGGUCUCUGUGUCAGACACUAAUACAUUCAUGUGUGCUCUGCUGGAAACCCCGGAAAAAACAAUCCCCAUCCCCAGCAGUUAGAAUUUUACUACGACUACGAGUUUUCAUGGCCGUAAUUGUUUGCAGAGACGGACGUAUUUCAUACGUCGACCAAAGACGGACAGCACGCCAGCUUUUGUUAGCACACUAUGGUUGGCUGUAAGACGAUCCGGCACUUUCUGAAUCGUCUUUGUUGAAUACGUUGUGCCACAUUUUUCGGUGCCUUUACGUUGCGACUUUAACACUAAAGAUAGCAUCUCCAGGCUGACGUUCUCCAUCAAAGAGAAAUAUCACUGUUACAAAAUCGGCCAAUGGCUGCGUCGAUGGGCCUCGUGCUUAUGUUUACCUCUUUGCCGUGUGAUGCAGACUGCAUCGGCUUGUUAGCAACCACAAGAUGCAGUUCUGAUCAGGUGAAUAGUGUUUGUUGAGUUUUACAUGGAUGAACAUUCAAUAUUGCCAAAUUGUGUUCACACUCCCUAUUUUGUCUUAAUGCGAUAAAAGGUAUUGUUGAGACAAAAUUUUCGUCGCCGUUUCUAUUACCGUGACGUAUUCAUAAUAAGUGCGAUUUGUCCACUCCAAAGUUUCGCUGAAACAAAACCUGCGUUGUAGUCCGAGUCAAGACAUCACACCUCUGGUCCUGGCCUCGACUGCAACGCUGAUCAAAACAAUUGAUCAAAGAUCGAUCUAUAAUCACUAUGUAAGUAGGAAUGGACAGACUGUGGUGGAAUCUAAUGUAAAAAUUAACUAUUUGAAAAUACAAAGUGGAUUUUGCUGUCAAACAUUUUGUAUUUAAAAGUAUUUAUUUUUCUAGCUCUUGUCUAAUAAUGUAUAUUUCCAUGAAGAGCAUAUCAUACGUAACACGAUUGACAAAGAUGGCAUAAACAUGUAGUAUAUAUAAUGGGUGAUUGUACAGGAGUUUAUAUGGAAUAAAAUGAUUCGAUAUGAAGCGCUCAUUGUGUA